UGUAAUGAUAAUAGAAAAAAGAAAGAAGACAGAGACCAGCACCAACCAUUCUCCCUAAAAGCAGCAAAGCCACAUCACCAAACUGAAUCGGAAAAGAAGAUGGAAAGAAAAGCUUAUUCUCCUGUUUUUUUCAUGGUGGUGGUUGAGAGAAGAGGAUGAAGCAGAAGAAGAAAUUGCAGAAAGUAAUAAAAGAUCAGUUUUUGAAUUGCAGCGAUUGAUGAAUGGUAAAUAUACGAUGGUGGGGGAAUCAAGAAAAUGGGUGGUUCUUGGUGCAUCAAUAUGGGUGCAGGCAUUCACCGGAACAAACUUUGAUUUCUCAUCGUACUCUUCAGAUUUGAAAUCUGUGCUUGAGAUAACUCAGCUUCAGCUGAACUAUCUCUCUGUGGCCUCAGACAUGGGAAAAGCCUUUGGGUGGUGCUCUGGUCUCUCACUUCUCCAUUUUCCUUUCUGGGUUGUUCUCUUCAUCGCUGCUUUCAUGGGACUCUUUGGCUAUGGCUUUCAAUGGCUUCUCAUUCAUCGCUUCAUCACUUUGCCUUAUUCUCUUGUUUUCUUUCUCUGUCUGAUUGCUGGCUGCAGCAUCUCCUGGUUCAACACCAUCUGCUACGUCCUAUGCAUCAGACAUUUUCCUACAAACCGUUCACUUGCAUUAUCCUUGAGUGUUAGUUUCAAUGGUGUGAGUGCAGCUUUGUACACUCUCAUUGCCAAUGCAAUCAACUCAAACGAUGACACUCUCUACCUAUUACUCAAUGCAAUACUUCCAGUCCUGAUAUCUCUUCUAGUACUCCUCCCAAUUCUCCAUCAACCAAAGCCUCAACCACAUUCUAUUGACACCAUUAAGCAUGAUUCAUCAAUCUUCCUCUGCCUCAACAUCCUUGCCCUUGUAACAGGCCUCUACCUCAUCUUCCUAUAUUCCUUCUCUUACACACUUGCCACUGCUCGUGUAAUCCUUGUAGGUGCCAUUUUACUCCUUGUGCUGCUCAUUUUUGUUCCUUCUCUUAUCUAUUCUAUGAAAUCGUCUAGCUUUUCUCUCCCCACAAGUUUUUCCUUCUUCUACUCAAUACUCACUCGCGAUGACCCAGAUGAUAAAGAGCUUUACCAAGAGCUCAUUACCAUCGAAGACAGCGCGGAGAGUAAAAGUGCACAAAGCACAAGAGAGAAGAAAAGUCUCUUGGAGAGAGAGCAGCUUACUAUGUUGGGGGAAGAGCAUUCAAUUAAGUUGCUAGUGCGUAGAUGGGACUUCUGGUUGUACUACAUAGCAUAUUUCUGUGGAGGAACAAUUGGUUUGGCUUACAGCAACAACUUGGGGCAAAUUUCCCAAUCACUAGGACACUAUUCUCACAUUUCUUCUCUUGUCACACUCUACUCCACAUGUUCCUUCUUUGGUCGCCUUCUUGCCGCCGCACCUGACUUCUUAAACAGGAGAAUGCACUUUGCAAGAACAGGGUGGUUUGCAGCAGCCUUGGUGCCAACACCAAUUGCAUUCAUUUUGUUGGCCAUAUCUGGUAGUGGAGCAGCAUUGCACAUAGGCACAGCCUUGAUAGGGUUGAGUUCAGGCUUUGUGUUUUCUGCAGCAGUGUCUAUUACCUCAGAGCUAUUUGGUCCAAACAACGUUGGAGUGAACCACAACAUCCUCAUCACCAACAUUCCUUUAGGUUCAUGUCUCUAUGGCCUUCUUGCAGCUUUGGUUUAUGAUUCCAAUGCAAUUAACUCAACCCAUGAAAUUUGGCUGCAAGAAAUGUCCAUGUGCAUCGGGAGAAACUGCUACCUGCAAACAUUCAUUUGGUGGAGUUGCAUUUCAAUGGUGGGCUUGGUUUCAAGUUUCUUCUUCUUCUUAAGGACUAAACAAGCUUAUGACAAUUUUGAAAAGUAUGAUAACAGCAACAACAUAGCUACAUGAUAAGAAAAACUCUUAUGUGUAAAGGAGAUUGUAUCAUUAUCUUUCAAGUGUUCAUCAAUUAUAAAUACAAAGCAAUGUCAGAGA